CUCACUUCCCCCACGCUCCAGGCCUCUGUCGUAGACACGGCCCCCCCCUCCCCCCCCCCCCCCCCCACUUAUGACUGCAACCAUGAUCUCCAACCCAUGGGUCACCAAGUACUCGGGGCCAAAUCCGGCAGCUGACCCCAGGAGGAUGAGGAGGAUCAUCGCCGAGGACACCGAGUGGGCCCUGGCCACCGUCCAGCCGCUCACCAACCUCUGCAUCGACCACAUCGUGCAGAACUUUGCCGCGCACCCACUGCUGAACGAGCUCCCGGAGAAGAGCAGGCGCAAGGUGCUGGCCAGGAUCUCCACCAACAUCCCCCUGCAGGUGACGGCCAACCUGGUCAGCGACGAGGGCUACUGGCGCAGGUGCUGCCUGGAGUGUUGGCAAGUGUGUGACGCCUCGCUGCACGGAGGGAGCUGGAAGCACAUGUUCUUCGAGCGCCUGCUGAAGAACGUCAUCGAGUACUUUGUCCCUGACACCACCGACGUGAAGGUGGUACUGGAGCUGAUCCCGCUGUGCAGGAACUACGUAAAGAGGUUGGACAUUGGCCAGCUCCUGCCCCCUGUCAAGCAGACAGCCGAGAAGCUGGACGAUGAGGCGUCGGACACGGGGAGCGAAAGUGAUGGCCCCUCCAUGGACCACUUUGACUUCAGCAUCCUGCUGAGCAAGCUGCCGUUCCUGGAGGAGCUCUCGGUGACCUACGGGGUGAGGGACUGUGGCAUGAACUUCCAAUGGAACAUAUUCCAGUUCACCUACCAAGACUGCUUCUCCCUGGCAAAGGCCAUCCAUGCCUGCAAGAGCCUGAAGGUGCUCAGGCUGCCCCGGAACAGGAUCGAUGAUGAACAGUUGCGGGUGCUGGUCAAGUACCUCCUGAACCACCCCUCGCUGAUGGAACUGGACCUGUCCCACAACCUGAUUGGCGACAACGGCUCCAAGGCCUUGGCCAAGCUCCUGCUCAAGUCCAAGCUGGAGACGGUCAACCUGUGCAACAACCAGAUCGCCGCCUUCGGAGCCAAAGCCAUCUCCUACAAGGUCCGCCGCUUCUCCACACUCCGAUCCCUCAACCUGCGGCUCAACCGAAUUGGCGACGAGGGUGGAGAAGCCAUAGCCCGAGCCCUGGUGAAGUCCUCGGUGGAAGACAUCAACUUGGCCAGCAAUGAGGUGUCGGAGCACGUGGCCGUGGUCAUCUCCGAGGUCCUGAUGAGGAAUCAAACCCUCAAGUCCAUCAACCUCUCCUGCAAUAACAUUGGCCCGGAGGGCGGGAAGCAGCUGCUGGAGGGACUGGCCAUGAACAGGACCCUCCUGGAGUGUGACUUGCGGCUGACGGACAUCGGUCAGGAGAACGAGUUCGCCAUCAGCCAGAUCCUGCACAGCAACAGGGAGCGGAUCCGAGACGCCAUCUGCCACCCAGCCAAGGUCAGCAGGAUCACACGGAUAGUGUCUGACCACUUCCAGGCAUCCAGCUGAAGCCCCUCACUGCUGCCACCCCCUCCAAUUUAAUCCAUGCCCAUGGAGCACUGAGUGUGGCACAGACUGAAAUCUACGGGACUAUUUUUAUACUGUGUGAAUGAAUAAAUCUACUGUUGGAGGGUC